ACAUCUAAAUCUACAUUUUUUCAUCUAGCGUUGCUUAUCUCACGUUCUGGACUCGGGUCGUUUUUUUCGAAAAAACGACCCCGUCUCCGCGUUCAGAGCGACGGAUCGUUUUUGGCAUCGCGUCUCUCCACUUGGGUUUUUAUGCGGGAAGCUCUAAAAAUAAUGCGUCAACACAAAAAUGAGGCUCAUAUUAUUAACAUUAAUAGCACGUUUGGUAUUAACGGAACAACGCAACUGCCGAUUAAUGUUUACCCAGCCAGCAAAUUUGCAUUGCGAGGCAUGACCGAUACCUUUAAAGCUGAACUAGAAUUUUCUAAAGUUACUUCAAUUCGAGUUACUAGCAUCCAUGUAGGACUUACGUCAACAGAAAUAUUUGGUGACUCGGCAUUGUUCAAUAAAGUUAAAUCAAAAUUUCCCAACUUAAAAAGCAGCGAUAUUGCUGGUGGUGUCGUUUUUGUACUCUCGAUGCCUUCUUACGUACAAUUGGAUGAAAUAAAAGUCACUGCUAAAUUAAAUAAA